CACCAUAACAAACCGACCUCUACCGCCGCCCUGGGAGCUGCAGUUACUCAGGGUUGCGUCAUCUCGGUAAGGAGACAGAAAUUCAGUUAAAAGUUGCUAUACUCAAUAUAUACAUUGGAGCAGCGUAAAUGCAUCAUGCUGUGGACGGUGGAGCUGGAAGGUGGCCCACAGCGUGUUAAUCAUGCUGCUGUCCCAGUGGGUGAAAAAAUUUACUCCUUUGGGGGUUACUGUACAGGUGAAAACUACCGAACUAUACGAAAUAUGGAUGUACACAUCUUAGACACAGUAACGUAUAGAUGGAAAGCUAUUGAAAUUCGACAAGAACGUAAAUGUGUACCGUUCCAAAGAUAUGGUCACACAGCUGUUGCAUUUGGCCAUCUAGUUUAUGUCUGGGGAGGACGAAAUGAUAACAGAGCUUGCAGUACUCUCUAUUGUUUUGAUACAAGUAAGUGCGCACACACACACACACACAAGGAUUUCAUGGUCAGUCCCUCCUGUCUUUGGCCCAAUUCUGAAGUUUUCCUGGGAUGGACAUUCAGCGCAGCAUUAUCAAUGAUCACAUGUAUAUCUUCUGGUUACCUUGAGUACAUGGAGUCGUACACUCAAGAUGUACAUACUUUAAAUCUGAGAACCAUGACAUGGGCUUUUGUUAGGACUAGUGGUCAGGCUCCAGUGUACCGAGACUUCCACACAGCCACAGGAGUAGAUGGAGUCAUGUAUGUGUGGGGUGGAAGAGAGGUAAAAAGUGGACUGUAUGAUUCUCCAGAACAUGAGGAAUAUGGCUCGGACCUUUAUGCCUUGGACACAACUGCAAGUCGUUGGAGUGUUGUACAUUGCUCGGGUUGCCUUCCGAUUGGUCGAAGAUCUCAUUCAGCUUUUGUGUACAGAGGACAAAUCUACAUAUUUGGUGGUUUCAAUGGUAGAGAAGAGUGUCAUUUUAAUGACCUACACAGAUUUGAUCCAAUGACUCGUCAUUGGGAAGAAGUUGAGCCACUGGGUAAAGGCCCGUGUCCCAGACGAAGACAAUCCUGUUGUGUAGUUGGUUCAAAAAUGUUCAUGUUUGGUGGCACCAGCCCCAAGGACAAUGUUGAAGAAGUUACCGCUCUGGAAGAUGAUGUAUAUGGUGAGGAACUUACAGAUCGACGUCUCAAAGAUCAUAAUGAUCUACAUGUACUAGACUUUGAACCAAGCCUCAAGACUUUAUGCCUAAUCCAAGUACAGACUCUGAAGCUUGACACUACUUGGCUACCCCGUGAGCUCCAGGCUCUGCUAGAAGUCAUGAGCAUGCCCAACACAAUUACUCGACCUCUCAAUCAUACUGGCUAAGUCUUCACAAAUUUUAUUGGUAUUAGCGUGAUGCAUACUUGGGUUAUCAACUGCUUAUCUAAACAAUUAUGUGCUGUUUGAGCAGUCUGGUGGCUAGGCUUGUACAACUAUGUUAAGUUCUAUACUGUAGUCAGAUGGUGCAACCCAUCAGAUUACUAGAUACAUGUUGAAGGUUUGUGAUGAUAUACCAGAAUUUUAGUCUCUUCUCCCUAACCUAAUGCAGUGUCAGCAAGCAACUACUAGAAUAUAUUUUUGUGAUGUAAAUUAUUAUUAGAGGUUUUAGCUUUGUGAUACUGUACUAUAUCAAAAUGUAUUGAUGAUUAUGAAGUAGGCAAACUGUGAUGCUUGCAUAUGAAAGCAACCUAUUUCUACUGCAGGUUUUUAAUCCCAAAGAAUUUAAGGAAUAUUUCAGUCCAGUCUGUCUAUCUCUCCGUCCCUCUGAUGAAACUUUUGAAAAUUCAUUAUUUUCCACUGAUGUACAGGUAUUUAAACAUAUAAAUUGAUUUAGCUCAUAAAAUCUUAAACUAGUUUUUACAUCUUCAAAUUAAGUCUCUUAUUAUUACUCAAUCAUUACAUGUUACUCAUGUUGGUAAAAUGUCAUAAUCACGUUGCACAAGUUAUUGUAGUGGGAGGGAGUGCAAAGGUAGAGUCAAUACAGUGCUCACCCUGUGUGAAGGUUUACACCUGUGUGAAGGCAGUUCAGUGCACUACUGGCUACACCUCCUUGUGUAUCAAAGGCUUAGUAUAUAUUGUACUGAAUCUACAGUGCCCCUCAUUGGCCAUCAGGAUUUUCUUGAUAAAAACAUGUGCACACACAUACAUACACACACACAUACAUACAUUUUCUUAAUAGGAUACAGGUUGUGGUGGUCACCAUAAACUAAUUUUACUUUUGAAAAGCUAGAUUUUCCUCAGUAGUGUGGGCACCCCUUGAUUUAUAAAAGGGUUGCAAUCCUGUAAGAGCAUUCAUAUACAGUACAGUACAGUACAGUAUCAGAAUUUCAGAAAGAAAAAAAAAAACACACACACACACACACACACACACACACACACA